CUCUGCGGUGUCCUGUGGCACAGUAUGGAUUUGACAUCACCACACCAUAAUAAUCUCCAUAAUGAACUGACAAGAAAAAUAGAAGGCCAAGAAGGGAAAAAAGAAGAUGAACAGAUAGUUGCAGAGAUCAUGAGACGGCGUUUUUUUCCUGCUGUUUUAACUCAUAAGGCCUGGGAAGGCUUUCACUUCGCUGGCCAUGAGAUAAGAAUUACAGAAGCCACUGACUGUUACGGGGCAGUAGUCUGGCCUUCGGCUCUUGUUCUGUGUUAUUUUCUGGAGACCAAUUCUAAACAAUACAAUUUGGUUGACAAAAAUGUGAUUGAAAUUGGAGCUGGAACUGGGUUGGUCUCCAUAGUAGCCAGUCUACUUGGUGCAUGUGUAACUGCCACCGAUUUGCCGGAACUACUGGGAAACCUUCAACACAACGUUCUCCAGAACACAAAACUGAAAUGCAAGCAUCAGCCUUGUGCUAAGGAAUUGUCUUGGGGAGUUGAUCUGGAGAAGAACUUUCCUAGGUCUUCAUGUCACUUUGACUACAUUCUGGCUGCUGAUGUUGUUUACCACCAUCCCUUCCUAGACGAACUCCUCCUAACUUUUGAUCACUUGUGCGAGAACGAUACUGUUAUUCUUUGGGCUAUGAAAUUUAGAUUGGACAAAGAGAAUCAAUUUGUGGGCAGAUUUCAGACACUGUUUGACUUAGAAGUAAUCUUUGAUUUCCCUAGUUUGAACAUAAUCUUGUAUAAAGCAAUGAGGAAAGGCAGGAUGCAGUCAGACACUCCAAAUGGGCUGUCUGACAAAGAAAUACAUGAGCGUGGCAGUUUCAGCUGUCUGUAG